AUGGCGGCUUUAUUGCUCCUCAAACAACCUUGUCGACCGGCGGCAAGGACAUGGACGACAAGAACAAGGAAUGAUACAGCUCUCCAGCCGGUGACCAGCAUCACCUACCUGCGCACUGGCCGGAGCGCCGCCGGUGCGGUUAAGCUCGAGGAGGGGGGCACUGACGACGAGUGGCUUGCGUACCUGGAGCCGGCGAAGCUAGAGGUGUUCGACCAGCUGGAGCCUUGGGCGGAGGCGAACGUGGUGCCGCUCCUUAAGCCCGCGGAGGUGGCGUGGCAGCCGUCGGACUUGCUGCCGGACCCGGCGUCGCUGGGCGCCGACGGCUUCCACGCGGCAUGCUGCGACAUCCGCGCCCGCGCGGCCUGCCUGCCCGACGCGCACCUGGUGUGCCUCGUGGGCAACAUGGUGACGGAGGAGGCGCUCCCGAGUUACCAGAGCAUGGCGAACCGCUUCGAGGCCGUGCAUGAUCUCACAGGCUCCAGCGGCACCGCAUGGGCGCGCUGGACCAGAGGCUGGUCCGCCGAGGAGAACCGGCACGGCGACGUGCUCAAUAGGUACCUCUUCCUCUCCGGCCGCGUCGACAUGCCGCAGGUCGAGAGGACCAUCCACAACCUCAUCAACUCCGGCAUGGUCCUCAAGGCCGCGCGGAGCCCCUACCACGGCUUCAUCUACGUCGCCUUCCAGGAGCGCGCCACCUCCAUCUCCCACGGCAACAUGGCUCGUCGCGCGAAGGAGCACGGCGACCUGGCGCUCGCGCGCAUAUGCGGCGCCAUCGCCGCCGACGAGAAGCGGCACGAGCUGGCCUACACGAGAAUCGUGGGGAAGCUGUUCGAGGUCGACCCGGACGGCGCCGUGCGCGCGCUGGCCUACAUGAUGCGCCGCCGGAUCGUCAUGCCGGCGUCCCUCAUGAACGACGGCCGCGACGGCGACCUCUUCGCGCACUACGGGGCUGUGGCCCAGCAGGCCGGCAUUUACACCGCCUCCGACUACCGUAGCAUUUUGGAGCACCUGAUAAAGCAGUGGGGAGUGGAGGAGUUGGCGGCGGCGGGACUCUCCGACGAGGGAAGGCGUGCGCGGGACUACGUGUGCGCCCUGCCGCAAAAAAUCCGUAUGUUGGAGGAGAAGGCCCACCAGCGCAGCGCUCAAAAAGCCCAGCCCAUAAAAUCUGCCUCGUUUAGCUGGAUCUUUGAUAGGCCCGUCAGAAUCACUAUGGCCUAAUCAAAAUAUGUAUUACAUGGACGCCUCUAUAUCUU